GUUGGCGAACAUGUUUCUGAAGUGACUGCUCCCAUUCCCACAGCUAAUAUUCAUGGCCACGCCUCUGACGCCCAUAUAAGGGUUGGCGAACAUGUUUCUGAAGUGACCGCUCCCAUUCCCACAGCUAAUAUUCAUGGCCACGCCUGACGCCCAUAUAAGAGUUGGCGAACAUGUUUCUGAAGUGACCACUCCCAUUCCCACAGCUAAUAUUCAUGGCCACACCUCUGAUGCCCAUAUAAGGGUUGGCGAACAUGUUUCUGAAGUGACCGCUCCCAUUCCCACAGCUAAUAUUCAUGGCCACGCCUCUGACGCCCAUAUAAGAGUUGGCGAACAUGUUUCUGAAGUGACCGCUCCCAUCCCCACAGCUAAUAUUCAUGGCCACGCCUCUGACGCCCAUAUAAGGGUUGGCGAACAUGUUUCUGAAGUGACCGCUCCCAUCCACACAGCUAAUAUUCAUGGCCACGCCUCUGACGCCCAUAUAAGGGUUGGCGAACAUGUUUCUGAAGUGACCACUCCCUUUCCACGCCGAACAUCCAUGGCCAUGCCUCUGAUGCCCAUAUAAGAGUUGGCGAACAUGUUUCUGAAGUGACCGCUCCCUUUCCACGCCGAACAUCCAUGGCCAUGCCUCUGAUGCCCAUAUAAGGGUUGGCGAACAUGUUUCUGAAGUGACCGCUCCCAUUCCCACAGCUAAUAUUC